CUCCCACUAUAAAACCCCAUCACAAAUCCUUAUUAUUUUUUACUUCCCCCUAGCUCUCCAAUACAUUAUCUAUCUCUUCAUCACCACCUCGUUUUUCUUCUUCUCUCUUCUUGUUUUCUCGAGAAAAACUAAACCCUUUGUGUUUGUAUUAAAACUGGAUCUUGAUGUUCAAACCUUCAUGUCUCCGGUAAUAAGUGAAAUCCUUAGAUCAGGUCUAACUAUAGACUCAUCUCUUAGACGCAGGACCCAUCUUGUUCAAUCAUUCUCCGUCGUAUUUCUCUACUGGUUCUAUGUCUUCUCAUAAAUCAUCCCUCCUUUAGUAUAAUAUAUAUAUAUAUACAUAUACCAUAUAAACAUAUAAAUACGUAUAUCAUACUAGUAUAUAGUUUUUACUAUACUAUAUGGUUUUUACGUAAAGUUCGUCGUAUUUUCGUGUGUUUUGUCAAAAAAUAAGAAGGUAUUUUCGUGUGUUUUAAUUAAAUAUGAACAAAACUGAAAUGGGAUCUCCCGCGAGCGGAAACUGCUCGUCCGGUUUACAAAACUACGGUUCUGAGUCGGAUGAGCGGAAGAGGAAGAGGAAAGAGUCGAACAGAGAGUCGGCGAGGAGGUCGAGGAUGAGGAAGCAGAAGCAUUUGGAUGAUCUAACGGCUCAGAUCGCUCAUCUCCGGGAAGAAAACAGCCAUAUCGUCGCCGGGAUCUCCGUCACGACGCAGCAAUACGUUACCAUCGAGGGGGAGAACUCCGUUCUCAGAGCUCAGUUUCUGGAGCUCAACCAGCGACUAAAUUCCCUCAACGAGAUUGUGGAAAUCGCCGGAGGAUUUUGGAUGGAAACGGGUCAGGGAGGAGGAGUGAUCGGUUACGGAGGCGGUGGAGGAGGGUUUUACGACGGAGUGAUGAAUCCUCUCAAUCUAGGGUUUUAUAACCAAACUCUCAUGGCUUCUGCUUCUACUGUUUCUGCUGAUGUUUUCAACUGUUGUUAAGCCAAGCACCAAGGCUAAAAUUAUAGUUUCAAAAUGAAUGAUGUGAUGCUCUGUUUUGUUUUGUCUGUAACAUAAAUAAAAUAUUCAACUCUUGUUUAAAAA